AUGCUCCUUUCCACAGAGGAAGGACUUGUUUUCGCGACAAUUCUUUCGUUUAUUUUUAUCUUUGGUUUUCUGGGGAAUAUUUUGGUGUGUUUGGCGAUUUAUUUCGACAAAGACCUCCGUCAACAUCAAUCGAACUUUUUCCUUUUUAACCUGGCGGUCACUGAUCUGUUAACAGGAACCUUUGUGAUUCCAUUUUGUAUCGCGGCACUUAUCCAUGGAGACUGGAUGUUUGGUGAUAUCUGGUGUCAAACAACGGCUUUCGUCUACUAUAGUUUGGCAAUUGUUGGAGUUGAAACGUUGGCUUUUAUAAGCUGGGACCGUUAUUACGCAAUUUUUCGCCCUCUUAAGUACAGAUCGAACGUGACGCUGAAAAGAGUUUGCACGGCAAUAAUGUUAUGUUGGGUGUGGGCAAUGGUAUUCACAAUACCUUGUGCGGUGUUGGGUUGGUUCCGAUAUGGUGAAUACGAAUCGAUGUGUACUUACAAUUUCAGUGGAACGGGCGAUAAAUGGAAAACCCGGGUGAUAACCUACAGUAUUUUCACAAUCGUGCUGUGUGUUCUGCUUCCAUCAACUGUUAUCAUAUACUGCUACUUGAGGAUAAUCGCAGUUGUGCGACAGCAAGGCAGGAGAAUAAAUGCGAUGUCUUCGAGAGACGCAUAUAGCUCAAACUCUGCGGGGCGUCACGCUUGGAGAAAUUACAGAUUAAAAGGAUUUCGAACGAUAACCUUAGUAAUUAUUUUAUAUAUUCUUUCAUGGACGCCUUUCAGUGUUGCCCGCCUUUUAAAAACGGUAACGUGGAACCACAAAAUCGUCCCACCGGCAGCCGACACGUUCGCAAGCGUUAUGUCGUUGUUUAGCACGGCAACUAACCCAAUAGCCUACAGCCUGUUCCGAAGAGACUUCAGGCGAGCUUUUAAGAGACUCUUUCGUCGAGCUUUUUGUAAAAAGCAAGAAAACUAA